AUGAAAGAAGCCAAGGCUCAAGCGAUGGCCGACGUCGGGAUCGAGUCAUUGCGGAAGUGCUUGACCAAGAUAUGCCCUCAAUCCUUCCGCAGGUCGUGCCAAAACUUUGUGCACAAUGUAGAGUUCAUUGAAGGAGAUGGCCGUCUCGGUUCGGUCAUGCUUCUCACUUUUGGCCCUGAUGUGCCGAAUAUGAAGUACCAGAAGGAGAAGAUUGUCGAACUCGACGAGUCUUCGCAUCGAAUCGGGAUACAAGUGAUAGAAGGGGGUCACCUCGAUCUGGGCUUCACCUUUUACAUUACAUCGUUCCAGCUGACAACAGUUUCAGAGAAGCAGACGCUGGUGGAGUUCAUGGUGGCAUAUGAAUGUGAGACGGAAGAAACAGUCUUGCCCUCGAAAAAUACAGCUUCUGCACUCGCGUGCAUCAAGUGCCUUGAGAAUGAUUUGCUGAGUACUUGA